AUGUCGGCUGGAAAGAAGAAAGACCAUGGUGUGCCACACUGGGAGACUUCCCUGGUCAAAGCUGAAAAGUGGACAUCAUUUACUCGGCUAUCCAGCCUGGAUCACGUGACCAUGACCACUGCUGAGAAGUGCUGUGGGGUCCCUGCCAUCCAGCCUGUGCUGACGGGUCUGUCCAGGAUCGUCAAUGGAGAGGAUGCUGUCCCUGGCUCCUGGCCCUGGCAGGUGUCCCUGCAGGACAAAACUGGCUUUCACUUCUGCGGAGGGUCCCUCAUCAGCGAAGACUGGGUGGUCACUGCUGCCCACUGCGGGGUCUCGACAUCUGAUGUGGUGGUGGCCGGCGAGUUUGACCAGGGCUCCGAUGAGGAGAACGUCCAGGUUCUGAAGAUCGCCAAGGUUUUCAAGAACCCCAAGUUCAACAUGUUCACUGUGCGCAAUGACAUCACCCUGCUGAAGCUGGCCACUCCUGCCCAGUUCUCUGACACUGUGUCUGCCGUGUGUCUGCCCAGUGCUGACGAUGACUUCCCCGCGGGGACAGUGUGUGCCACCACUGGCUGGGGCAAGACGAAGUACAAUGCCCUCAAGACCCCUGAGAAGCUGCAGCAGGCAGCCCUGCCCAUUGUGUCCACCGCUGAAUGCAAGGGGUUCUGGGGAUCCAAGGUCACCGAUGUGAUGAUCUGCGCAGGCGCCAGUGGUGUCUCCUCCUGCAUGGGUGACUCUGGUGGCCCUCUGGUCUGCCAGAAGGAUGGAGCCUGGACCCUGGCAGGCAUUGUGUCCUGGGGCAGUGGCGUCUGCUCCACCUCCACUCCUGCUGUGUAUGCCCGAGUCACAGCCCUCAUGCCCUGGGUUCAGCAGAUCUUGGAAGCCAACUGA